AUGGUGUGGGUUAGCUUGGUGUCAGAGAAGAAGAGCAUUGCUUAUGCUGCGUGCGUAGCUCAGGUCCUCAUCAAUGAUAUCUUUGGGAUAACUGAAUGCUUCCUGCUGGCUGCAAUGGCCUAUGACCGUUACGUGGCCAUUUGCCAUCCCCUGCUGUACCUCCUUGUCAUGUCCCCAAAGUGCUGUUUCCAGCUGGUGACUGCCUCGUACCUCGUGGGGCUGACCAAUGGCGUGGGACAGACCAUCAGCAUGUCCACCCUGUCCUUCUGCAGCUCCAGCGCCAUCAGCCUCUUCUUCUGUGACAUUUCCCCUCUCAUCUCACUCUCCACCUCUGACACCACCCUCAGCCACAUCAUCCUGACCACUGCAGCAACUCUCUUUGGUGUGUCCAGCAGCCUGGUUGUCCUGCUCUUCUACAUUGCCAUCACCGCCACCAUCCUGAGCAUCAAUUCAGCUGAGGGCAAGCGCAAAGCCUUCUCCACCUGCACCUCCCACCUCACCACUGUCAGCAUCCUCUAUGGGGCAUGCUUUUUUAUGUAUUCAUUCCCCAGCUCAGACAGCUCAAGAGCAGCAGAUAAAUGGGCUGUGGUGCUCUACACCGUGGUGACUCCCAUGCUGAACCCCUUGAUCUACAGCCUGAGGAAUAAGGAGGUGAAGGAGGCGUUGAGGAGGCUCACAAAAAUAAAAUGA